GGAGGAAAUAAUAAAACGACCGAGUUCAGGGCUCACCAUGUUUACAGAGUGGAUGGAAGCAAACAAAAAGCAUGAAGAUGCCAGGGAAUUAACAUACUCCGAGUUCCCGACCAAAUGGGUAUGGCAUAAAAAGGAAAAGUAUUGGGCAAGACGAAGAAGUGGCAAUAAAAUUGGCAGGAUCUACAAUGCCCACGCUGCAAGUGGAGAAAGGUAUUAUCUAAGAAUGCUUCUCAACACUGCAAAGGGUUGCACAUCAUUUGAUGAUAUCAGAACUGUGAAUGGAGUUGUGCACCCUUCAUACAAGUCAGCAUGUCAUGCGUUGGGAUUUCUGAAUGAUGAUAAUGAGUGGAUUGAGUGCAUUAAGGAAGCAUCCAACUGGGCGUCUGGGAUGCAACUACGGCAAUUGUUUACGACUAUUCUUUGCCACUGUGAGAUUACUGACCCUAAGAGGGUGUGGGAAACCAACUGGGAAGCCCUCUCUGAAGACAUACAGCAACCACAAACUUGGAACUUCUGUGUCACGCCUUCCAGUAGAAGAAAAUAUGCAUUAAUGGAGAUUGAGAAGCUAAUGGGGCAAGCUGGAAAGUCAUUGAAGGAGUACCCUGAAAUAGACCUACCAGAUAUGGUAAAGUUAAGUGACACUGAAAACAGGCUUAUAAAUGCAGAAAUGAACUGUGACAAAAACAAGUUGAAAGAUGAGCACCUGCAAAUACUAAACAAUCUAAACACAGAACAGAAGGCCUUUGAUGAAAUAAUUAAAUCAGUGGACCAAUCAUUAGGGAAGCUAAUAUUCGUGGAUGGCUAUGGUGGGACAGGUAAGACAUACAUUUGGAAAGCAGUCACAACAAGGCUACGAUCAGAGGGAAAGAUAGUACUUGCAGUUGCAUCCAGUGGCAUAGCAGCUCUUCUGCUUCAAGGAGGCAAAACAGCACACUAUGCAUUCAAGAUUCCAUUGAACCUAACAGAUGAAUCGACAUGCUACAUUGCACAAGGUUCACCUGUGGCAGAUCUGUUAGUGAAGACAUCACUAAUACUUUGGGAUGAAGCUCCAAUGGCACACAGAAACUGCUUUGAGGCACUGGACAAGAGCCUAAGGGACAUUCUGAGGUUCAAACAUGCGAAUAGUUAUAAAAAGCCCUUUGGUGGGAUGACGGUUGUUCUUGGCGGGGACUUCCGGCAAAUCCUCCCAGUCGUGCCAAAUGGAAGAAGGGAGCACAUUAUAAAUGCAUCAAUUAAACGCUCAUACCUGUGGCAACAUUUUGAGGUAUUCCAUUUGACAAAAAAUAUGCGGCUAAAUUCUUUGUCCACCAAUCAAACACAGCAGCAGAGGACUGCAGAGUUUGCAGAAUGGAUACUACAAAUUGGAAAUGGGGGCACAGUUUCAUUAGAUGACGAAUGGGUUACUAUCCCCAAUGACCUGUUGCUACAGAAAGGAGAUGAUCCAAAAGCAAAAAUCAUUGAAAGCAUCUACCCAAGCUUGCAAAACAAUUGCUGCAAGCAGCAGUUCCUAGACCAAAGAGCAAUACUGUGUACAACAAAUGAGAAUGUCAAUGAGAUCAAUGAGUAUAUUAUGGAUAACACUCAAGGUGAUACGAUAAGUUACUUGAGCUGUAACAGUGUAUCCAAAUCAAUGUCUUACAACCAUGACAUGGAGCUACAAUACCCUAGGGAAUUCCUUGAUACCAUAAGACACCCAGGAAUUCCAAAUCACCAGCUUAAGCUCAAAGUUGGCCUCCCGGUGAUGCUUCUUCGUAACAUUAACCAAAAUGCGGGGCUGUGCAAUGGUACCAGAAUGGUAAUCACAAGACUUGGGGAAAAAGUCAUCGAAGCGCAGAUCAUGUCUGGACCAUGUAGAGGAGACAAAGUGUGCAUCCCUCAGAUCAUCAUGUCACAGUUAGAGCCCAGGUGGCCUUUUGUGCUGAAAAGAAAGCAGUUCCUUCUCUCAGUGUGCUUUGCGAUGACGAUCAACAAGAGCCAAGGACAGUCUCUGGACAAGGUUGGCCUCUAUCUGCCUAAGCAGGUUUUCACCCAUGGGCAGCUCUAUGUUGCGGUCUCCAGAGUCACAAACAGUGAUGGCCUGAAGAUCAUGAUUGCUGACGAAGAAUGCCCAGGCGAAGGAAUGGUUAAAAACAUCGUCUACAAGGAGAUCUUCUAAAAUGCCUAUAAUUAGUAAGUCAAUAAAUCUGGGUUUCCCAGUGAUGUAAAAACCGCUUAUCUGCAGCAGUGUAAAGUUUUUUUUUUUUGAUAAGCAGUAGUUGUAGUGUAAGUGGUGCUCUAGCUGUUCCAUGAAGCAACAAAACAAUUAAUAAGUUCACUAAACUAUGUAUCGGCCUUGCUGCUGUGCGCUUGUAUCGGCCAUUAUCUAGUUCA